AUGGGCGAGGCGGGAGAGAUCACCUUCACCCGUAAUGGUCUGACGGAGACCAACCACUUCGGUGGCUCCGGUGGCAAUCUCCACGAGAUUUCUCUGCAAGAGGACGAGUCUCUUGUGGGCAUCGAGGUGUCUGUGGAUACGCUAUUGAGAUUCACUGUGGUGAGGAACCUGACACUGAGGACCAACAAGAAAAGCUACGGACCUUUCGGCACCAAUGGCGGAAAUGCUUUCUCUGUAGACGCCGGCAACAUCAUUGGCUUCUUUGGACGUGCGGGCAAAAUGAUUGAUGCCAUCGGAGUUUACCUGGCACCUAACUAG